AAAACAAAACCCAAUCUCAUCAGAUCCCCCCCCGCUCUCUCUCUCUCUCUCUCUCUCUCUCUCUCUAUCGUAUUCUCUCUUUGAAGCCGCCUGCCCACUGCUCAGAGAGUGGACGACGACGGUGAUUCGCCGCCCAACGAUUUGAAGAAGACGGAGACGACGACAUCUUCUCCCCUACUCGCUGACGAAGACGGCCAUCUCCUCCCUAAGUCGUCGACGGCAUCUUCAACGACGGAAGUGACAUAGCUCCCUAAGUCGACGACGGCCAUCUUCUCCAACGACGGAAGUGACACAGCUCCUCCCUCGCAAACGGCAGCAACUCAGCCCCAAUUUGUAGGGUUUUCAUUCGACAUUUCCAAUUAAUCAUAGCCUUCGGAUAUCGAAUCCCAUUUCAUUAAUCCACAAGAAAGGUUGGUUAUCGUAGCGUAGUGUCAGCAUCAGUAAGUCUGAUUACCAUUCUGAGCUUGAUUUGCAUACUGUACUGUGAUCAUAUUUACAGCACAGUAUUUUUAUUACCAUGGAUGCUGUCAUUACUGAAAUACCAUCUCAAACUCGACCAAAAUGGAGAAAAGUUGCAUAUGGAGGGAUGCAACCUGGGUUUGAUGACAACCAUACUGAUGACUCUUUUCUUGAAAACAUGGUCAUGAAUGCCAAUGUUGUGAAAAGGAAUUUGCUAAAAGUGAUGCAGGAUUCUGUUUCCAUCUCUCAGUAUUUAUGUAUUGUUGCACUUGUUGGCCUGGUAUGGACUUAUACACUUACAUCAACUCUUAAUGAAAAAUCACUAUUGGUUCUUAAUGUCAGUCUUCUUGGAUUAGGCUUCACAGUUGUUAUGUUAACUGGAGGAAUGCUUUCUCUCAAUCUUUUCUCACAUUAUCUCCUUAAUAUAUCUUUUUUCGCCACCGGCUUGUAUAUUCUAGCUCCCAUCUUUUACACCCUUACUAGGUCAAUCAGCUCGGACUCCAUUUGGGCGGUAACUGUGUUACUUCUUCUGCUCCAUCUGUUUCUCCACGAUUACUCAGGAUCUACUGUAAGAGCUCCGGGGGCUCUUCAGAAUCCUACCUUGACCAGCUGCAUCUCUUUAAAUUCUUCUGUUGUGGCCUCGGUUUUUUUUUCUUCUCGUCUUCCAUCGAGGCUUCAUGUGUUUGCUAUCAUGCUAUUCUCCCUACAGGUCUUCCUUUUCGCUCCGUUGGUGACUUACUGCAUUAAGAAAUACUCGUUCCGCUUGCACCUCUUGCUUUCAUUUUGCCUGAUGACACUGACACUGGGGUUUGUAUAUACAAUGCACAGCUUGCUUUUUGUAAUGUUUAUGGGUUUGUUGGUUUUUGUAAAUGUGGUUUGCCCAUAUUGGCUCAUACGAAUUCAAGAAUACAAGUUUGAGAUCAAUGGCCCUUGGGAUGAGGCCAAGCUUUGUUUUGAUAUUACAGAUUGACUACUUUAGUGUCUUCCUAAGAGGUUUUGGUGUUCUGUACUUGAUAUUCUUAUUCUUAAGCUAUUAAAGAAAGUUGAUUGUAUUGUUUUUGGUUAAA